GUACCACUGCAACACCGACUGCCGGCUGUUGAGCGAUUGCGGCCCACAGAAGCGCAGCACCUGCGGUGGCAGCCUCUACCUCCGAAAUCUCGACAUGCAGCUAGGCUCGCGCUUCGCGACAGAGAUAUUGGAUCCAGCCAAGUGCCACAAAAGUUCGGGCAGCGCAGACACGGGCGACCUCGAGGAUUUCGCCUGCACGGAAGCAUCCCUUUGCGCGGGUAGGGACUGGACUGCACGCCGCUACGAGGGCAUGUCCCUCCUGCGUUGUUCCGCGCUUUGCCGGGCAACCAACUGCCAGGCGUUCCAGUUCGGCUGCAACUCGUGCACCAUCUAUCCUUCUGCAUCUGCCUGCGUGUCCAAGAGUCCGAGCAGCUGUGGCAGUGUCUACAAGCGGUUGUACAAUGGAAGCACGACUGAGGUCGACUUAGGCCUCGGGAGCGUGGCGGUGUACAGCCCACAAUCCUGUCGCCUCGACUCUUGCUGGGUUUCUGCGAUCUGCCCAGCAGGAUCCAAACCUGUCUCCUGUCAGACCGUUCCUCCGGACUCGGGCCAUGGGGUCUAUUCCUUUGACGAUGGCUGCGCUGUCCAAGGCUCGGGAAUGCCCAUCGUGGCAGAAGCCAUCUGCAUGGAGGCCUUCAACACAACGACCAUUCGCUCCGCUUGGGGCAUCAACCUCCUGACUUUGCCAUGCCCAAAUGGCAGCCUUCCCAUCGCUUGCAACUGUCUCCAGAACAGCUGGGCCGUGGGCGAGCCUUGCGCUCACGUUGCAGAACUUGCGCCCACCCCAACCGCUUCCGGCCUCCCGGUGUGCCAGCACUACAUUGACACAGGCCUCUACGACUCGCUUCGUAUGUCCUGGCACAUCGGGGCGCGGAUCAGUGCAAUCUGCAUUUCGGAGAUGGGCAGCAUGCAGGAGUAUUCGCUCCUCAACACGAGAGACAGUGUCCCAAUCGCCACCGAGCUGCAGACACAUUACUGCGGCUGGGCCAAGACGCAUAGCCGAAAUGAUGUGAAUUGCAGUGCAUGGAUGAGAGCUCCUCUCCCAGAUGGGGGCUGCAGCUCAUCCGACUGCCUUGGCCUCGCAGAUUGCGCAGCAAUCUGCACUUCCUGCAGCCUUUGCCACGGCAUCUACUUCUUCUUGGGACUGGACAACGCCACCUUGUCCCCGAAUCAGGCCCGCUGUUACUUCCAGGGCGACAGCCUCAAUCCAAUCAACCUGGCCACCGAGGAGUACCCUUCUGUCGCCAGCUCCAUCUCUCCGUGCGCCGUGUAUGUAAACCGUCGGGAUGCGCGCUGUGGGCAAGAGCGCACCAUCCGUGGAGUGAGCUUCUUCAAGGACACCCUUUGCACAGAGCUGGUGGUCCCUUCAAGAAUGGUGGCAUCUGUCCACAAUGAUGCUACCGAGUACACACUCAAAGCUGGUUGGUGGCAAAUGCCUUCCAGUUUCUCUCCUCGUACUUGCGCAAGUUGCCCGGCAGGGAGUAUCCGAAUCAAAGCUGUCUUUGACUCGCCAGUGACCGUGCUUUGUGCGAUCGUGGACAGCUCGCUGGACUUUGCCACGGGCUGGACUCUAAACUGGGGCAGCUCCGGCGUGGCACAGUCUGUUUCCGGAAACCUGGUCGUCUUCGGAAGUGCCUUGAGCAACAUCUUCAGUCGUGCGAUGGUUCGGGGCGCAACAGCGACCCUCCGUGGCCUCAUCGUCCUGGCCUGUGACCCUCUGCUCUGCCCCGUGGAUCCUUUGCCUUUGCCCCAUCUCCUCCGGAGAUCCUUUGCCUCUGUUCUCGGGCUCCGGCAGCACAUGAUCGAUUUCCACGACUCUCCUGAUGGUCAGGACGAAAGCCGGCCGACUCCGACUUUUGCCUUCCUGAUGGAAGCCAAGAUUGUGGUGGAGACACCCGCUGAUGUGGCUUCCUACUUGAAAGCAGCUGCUCUUUUGCGAGACAUCGGCCGAAAGCUGGAUGUCCUCACUACCGCCCUGCAGCAGCUACAUGGUCUCCUCUUCACCGUCGAGCUCCUUGGCCCCUUUGCGCAGCACAUCUCCACACCGCCUGACCCCUCAGCUUUGCCUCUCUUGCCACCACCACCAGCUUUGCCAUCG